AUGGAUGUGACCGGCGAAGCACUCCGUCGAUAUCAAGCGCUUUCCUUUCUGCGGAGCUGGCUAGUAGACCUGACCACGACUGUUCAGCAUGAGCUGCUUUGGGCCGGCUUCUGGGAUGGGGACCCCAGGAACCGAAAGAACCAGGCGACGCUUUCCAACUUUGCUAAGGCCAUAGAGCACGCGACGGUGCACCCGGACAGCUUCUUGGGUCAAGCUAUUGAGGCGAGCGAGAACCUCGACGCCUGCUACGAGGACAUGCAGACCAGUGCGCUUGCAGGAAACAUGUGGUCCAUCGCAAGCAUGAGCUUCGUGCUCGGAAUGCGCGAAAGGGCACAGGGAACCGUCAUCGCACUCGUCAACAAGCAGAUCACGGGUGAGCAUAGCUUGUCGCAGUCAGUGCUGUCCACCCAUGAAAUCCCAACUGUGGGGCUCGCAGCCUGGGGCCUCGGGUUCUGGUCUCCGAAAGUGCUGGUUGUGGACCUCAUGGGCACAUGCGACAAAACGAGCUCAGCGCUGCAGAAGCGGCUCCUCGCCCGCCUGCCCUAUUGGGCCAAGUCCAUGACGAACUGGAGCCCAGAAGCCUUCGCGAUGAGGUCGCGGCUCCGGUGGCAGUGCAUCGACUGCUCGGGCGCUUGCAACCUCGACACGGCCUUGGCAGAGCGCGUGGAGAAGCUGGUCAAGGCCAAGGAGGAGCAGGACCGGAAGGGGGAGGAGCUGACCUUUGCUGUGCUUCACGGCCAGCUGCAGCUGGUCGAGGCCUUGCUGAAGGCAGGAGUGCAGGCAGAGCCCUUCGAUAAGGAGCUCGCCGUCAAUCUAGGGCUACAGCAGAUUGCAGACAUCCUGUGA